AGGAUAUGGUGAAUUUAGUGUGUGUGAUCAUGACAUAUUCCAAUCUAUAAAGUUUGACAUAGACUUCCCCCCAUUGAGCCAGCCAAUUCUCAACCCCAACCAACCUCACCUCUCAAGUCUCAUCAUUUUCAUAUCAGCAAGCAAGAGAUUAGAUAACAUGGCGGCCAUCAGUUUAAGCCAGGAAUUUGCCAGUCCAGUAGCAGCGGCCAGGUUGUUCAAGGCCUUGAUCCUAGACUCCCACAACCUCAUCCCCAAGCUCAUGCCUCAGGCCAUUAAGAGUAUCGAAAUCAUCCAUGGUGAUGGAGGCGAAGGAAGCAUCAAGCAGAUCAAUUUUGCUGAGGAUGCAGGUACUCGUUACAAGUACAUGAAGAACAGAAUAGACAUCCUGGACGUUGAGAAUUUGGUGUGCAAGUACACACUGAUUGAAGGAGAUGUGUUGGAGGACAAGAUUAAGUCUAUUGCUUAUGAGGUGAGGUUUGAGGCUUCUCCUAAUGGUGGUUGUACUUGCAAGAUGAUGAGUGAGUACCAGGCUGCUGGUGACUUUGAGAUCAAUGAGGAAGAAAUCAGGGGUGGCAAAGAAAGAGCAAUGGGCAUGUACAAGGUUGUUGAAGCUUACCUCUUCGAAAGUCCCGGUGCCUAUGAAUAGCUGCAGCCUCAAGAGUCAAGACAUAUUUUUUCUCGCCAUUCAUAUCCACCCGUCUCUCUUCUUUUCAUCGAGUUUUUGGUUGUAGUCUUUGAAAUAUAUGGACAUGUGAAAUAGUAUAAAUCAACAGCCAUAGUUACAUAAGGUUAAUUAAUGGUUCAUUUUCA